AUGCGCUCCAGUGUAAUUCUAUUAUUUUUCUUCGCCCUCGUCGCUGCGGCUUCAGCGCAACAAGUCGACGCAGGAGUUUUGGAUUCCGUCACAGACGCGGAUCCCACUGCUGAAGUCACGACGAUCGGCCCGGAAGGUAAUCAAGAAGACCAAACAGGAGCCCCAAACAACGAUGAAGGAUCCGGCAAUGGCCAGGAAAACCCGACCACAGAAGGUUCAGGCGAUGCCAACAAUAAUGCUGAUGCAGGAAGUGGAAUAGCUGAUGCAGGAAGCGGUAAUGCUGAUGCAGGAUCCGGCAAUGGUAACAAUGCUGAAGCAGAAACCGGUAAUGCUGAUGCAGGAACCGGUAAUGCUGAUGCAGGAACCGGUAAUGCUGAUGCAGGAAACAACAAUGCUGAUGCUGGAACCGAAAAUAACGCUGAUGCAGGAAGUAACAACAAUGCUGAUGCAGGUACUGGCAAUGCUGAUGCAGGUACUGGCAAUGCUGAUGCUGGAACCGAAAAUAACGCUGAUGCAGGAAGUAACAACAAUGCUGAUGCAGGUACUGGCAAUGCUGAGGCAGGUACUGGCAAUGCUGAUGCAGGAAACAACAAUGCUGAUGCUGGAACCGGCAAUGCUGAUGCAGGAAAUAACAAUGCCGAUGCUGGAACCGGAAAUACUGAUGCUGGAACAGGCAAUGCUGAUGCUGGAACCGAAAAUAACGCUGAUGCAGGAAGUAACAACAAUGCUGAUGCAGGUACCAGCAAUGCUGAUGCAGGUACUGGCAAUGCUGAUGCAGGAAACAACAAUGCUGAUGCUGGAACCGGCAAUGCUGAUGCAGGAAACAACAAUGCCGAUGCUGGAACCGAAAAUAACGCUGAUGCAGGAAGUAACAACAAUGCUGAUGCAGGUACUGGCAAUGCUGAUGCUGGAACCGGCAAUGCUGAUGCAGGAAACAACAAUGCUGAUGCUGGAACCGAAAAUAACGCUGAUGCAGGAAGUAACAACAAUGCUGAUGCAGGUACCAGCAAUGCUGAUGCAGGUACUGGCAAUGCUGAUGCAGGAAACAACAAUGCUGAUGCUGGAACCGAAAAUAACGCUGAUGCAGGAAGAAACAACAAUGCUGAUGCUGGAACCGGCAAUGCUGAUGCAGGAAAUAACAAUGCCGAUGCUGGAACCGGAAAUACUGAUGCUGGAACAGGCAAUGCUGAUGCUGGAACCGAAAAUAACGCUGAUGCAGGAAGUAACAACAAUGCUGAUGCAGGUACUGGCAAUGCUGAUGCAGGAAACAACAAUGCUGAUGCUGGAACCGGCAAUGCUGAUGCAGGAAACAACAAUGCCGAUGCUGGAACCGGCAAUGCUGAUGCAGGAAACAACAAUGCUGAUGCUGGAACCGAAAAUAACGCUGAUGCAGGAAGUAACAACAACGCUGAUGCAGGAAACAACGGCAACGACCAAGCGAACCCCGACGAAAACAACGCAGGAGACGCUAACGAUAACUCCAACGAUCAAGACAACGAUGAUAAUAACAACGAUGUAGAUAAUGAUAAUGACCAAGACAACAACAACGAUGACCAAGAUGAUAACAAAUCAGGAGAGGAUAACGCUGAUGCAGAUAAACCGAACAACGACAGCAACGAAGACGAGAACAAAGAAGAUUCGUCCGAAAAAGGCGACAACCAAGGUCCAUUGAGCCCUUGGGAAAUAGCUCGCAGGAAGUGGUUGGAGAAUUUGAAGAAGCAAAUCGAGAUCAGGAAACGAGUUAUCGCUACUAUUGAAAGUAGAUACGGUUUUAAGAUACCCUGCGAUAACCAGCUGUGCAGGAUGGAAUGCGUGGUCAAUAACAACCGAUCCGGGUACUGCAGUCGAGUUGCAAGGAGUUGCAAUUGCGUCUAA